AUGUCACGAAAAAUCAUACAUCAACCGCCAGGACGAUUUCUAACAACAGUUUUUCAUUUUCCACCAUAUCCAGAUAUGAUUGUUCCAUAUUGUGAUGGUCUUUGGAUGGAAUUUGGAGUAUUUAGUGGUCAUACCUUGAAUCAUGUUGCACGAUGGAGAUCACUCUAUUGUGGAAAUAAUAGUGGUCUCGUCUAUGGUUUUGAUACAUUUACUGGUUUGCCAACUGAUUGGCGGCCAGGAUUUCCCAAGGGCGCCUCUGCUGUUAAUCAUAGUCAACUUCAUAUUGAAUCAAAUGUAGCAUUGGUCAAAGGACUUUUUAUAGAUUCACUUCCACAAGAACUUUUGAAACAUAAACACACACCAAUCUCAUAUGUUCAUAUUGACUGUGAUAUUUAUGAAGGUGCACGAGAUAUACUUUUCCUAUUGGCAAGUCGAUUUGUAAGAGGAACAUUACUAAUCUUCGAUGAACUCUUUAAUUAUUCACAACAUGGAAAACAUGAAAUUAAAGCAUUAUUUGAAUUUUUGGUAGCAAAUUAUAAUCUACAACUGGAAGUACUUGGUUCAGCGUAUCCUAUUGCAUUUGAUGAUAUUGAAGGAAGUUGGGAAUCACAAUCAACGGAUUUUGUCGUUGUAUAA